AUGGCCCCCUCCGCCUCCAAGCAGAAGCGUCUCGCAGACAAGGCCGCCAAGGCCGCCGAAAAGGGCACCACCUCCUCCAAGUCCUCCACCGGCGCCAGCACUCCCGUCACCAGCGUCGAGGGCGUCACUGAGGAGAUGGCCAAGCUCCAGGCCGCCACCGACCGAGGUGCCAGCGGUGUCCUCGUCUCCGACCCCAAGGGCCGAGACAUCAAGAUCGACCAGUUCACUCUUUCUUUCCACGGUCGUCUUUUGAUUGAGGGUGCCGAGAUCGCUUUGAACUAUGGCCAGCGAUACGGUCUUUUGGGUGAGAACGGAUCCGGAAAGUCUACCUUCCUCGAGUCUAUUGCCAACCGUGACGUUGAGAUCCCCGAGCACAUUGAUAUCUACCUCGUCUCUGGUGCCGUCGAGCCUUCCGACGUCAACGCCCUCGACUACAUUGUCGCCUCUGCCCGUGAAAAGGUCGAGCGUCUCGAGAAGCUCGCCGAGGACAUGUCUACCGCCGACGAGAUUGACGAGCUCGGUCUCGAGGCCAUCUACGAGGAGCUUGAGGAGAUGGACCCUUCCACGUUCGAGGCCAAGGCCGGUGCCAUCUUGAACGGUCUCGGUUUCACCCAGGCCAUGAUGGCCAAGCCCACCAAGGACAUGUCUGGUGGUUGGAGAAUGCGUGUCGCCCUUGCCCGAGCCUUGUUCAUCAAGCCUCACGUCUUGUUGCUCGAUGAGCCCACUUCCCAUUUGGACUUGGGUGCCGUCGUUUGGCUCGAGGCUUACCUCUCUACCUACAACCACAUUCUCGUCUUCACCUCCCACUCUGCCGACUUUAUGGACACUGUCUGUACCAACAUCAUGGACUUGACCCCCAAGAAGAGGCUCGAGUACUACGGUGGUAACUACACCAUCUACACCAAGACCAAGAGCGAAAACGAGGUCAACCAGAUGAAGGCCUACGUCAAGCAGCAGGAAGAAAUUGCCCACAUCAAGAAGUUCAUUUCUUCCGCCGGUACCUACGCCAACUUGGUCAAGCAGGCCAAGUCCAAGCAAAAGAUCAUCGACAAGAUGGAGGCUGCCGGUUUGGUCGAAAAGGUCGAGGCUCCCAGGCUCCUUCGAUUCAACUUUGAGGACAUCAGGAGACUCCCUCCCCCUAUUGUUGCCUUCUCCGACGUCGCCUUCUCUUACUCUGGUGACAAGAAGGACUACCUCUACGAGGACUUGUCUUUCGGUGUCGACAUGGACUCUCGUGUCGCUAUCGUCGGUGACAACGGUACCGGUAAAUCCACCCUCCUCAACCUCAUCACCGGUGCCCUCCAGCCCGUCGAAGGUACCGUCAACCGACACACCCAGCUCAAGCUCGCCAAGUACUCUCAGCACUCUGCCGACCAGCUGCCUUACGACAGGUCCCCCGUCGAGCACAUUGCUGCCCUCUACUCUGACAAGUUCCCCGACAAGGACAUUCAGUUCUGGAGGCAGCAGAUCGGUCGAUUCGGUAUCACUGGUGCCCACCAGACCAACCCCAUCAAGCAGUUGUCUGACGGUCUCAAGAACCGAGUCGUGUUUGCUAUCCUUGCCAUGGAGCACCCCCACAUCAUCUUGCUCGAUGAGCCUACUAACCACUUGGAUAUGGAAUCUAUCGACGCUCUUGCCAAGGCUAUCAAGGAGUUCGAGGGUGGUGUCGUGAUUGUCUCGCACGACUUCCGACUUAUUUCUCAGGUCGCCGAGGAGCUUUGGGAGGUCAAGGACCACAAGGUGAUCAACCUCACCAAGCAGGACAUCUCUAUCGUCGACUACAAGAAGGCUCUUGCCAAGCGAAGUCAGCACCAGAUCGAGAAGGCCAAGCUCAUUUCCAAGAGCGCUUCCAAGGGUGUCGCGUAA